AUGCCCUCAGAUACAACUUCUGCGCCGGCACAAGCAAAGGCAAAUGGCGGGACCGUUCCCAUCACGACUUCUUCCGACCAACUACAGCCACCCACACAAUCCGACGGGCAACAGGAGAGAUCAGGCAAGGGUCAACAGGAGAAGCCAAUUGCACCGCCGGCUAGCAAAGAAAGCGUCGCGAACGGUUCCCAGGCGGCGGAUUUGGAGGAUAACAAUGGAGGACGGGAUAAGGAAAUGGAGUCGAUAACGGAGAGCGAUACUGAUGUACCGCCUCCCAACUCAACAACCCCUUUUUUUGAUUCCGACCCCAGGUUCGAAGCACUGGUGCGGGAUCGCGAUUCCCUGCGUGCGGAAGUAGCUGAGAUGCGCAUAUCUCUAGAAAAGAUACAGUCCAAACACGAUGAGGAGAUGGAGCUUCUACAGAACGAGCUGAAACAGUCGCAAAAUGACAAAGAGCAUGCUGAGACCCAGUUUCGGAAUUUGUUGGGCAAGGUCAAUACGAUCAAGUCGCAGCUGGGGGAGAGGUUGAAGGCUGAUGCUGAAGAAUUGGAGCAGAAGAGGAGCCGGAUUGAGGAGCUUGAGGGCAAAAAUGCUGUGCUACAAACGGAGGUGGAGUCCAAAUCGGCUGCUGUCAAAUCACUGGAGAAGGAAAGGGAACAGCAAUCUAAGGAGCUGUCUAGCUUGCGAAAUCGGACGAAUUUAUCGCAGCAAAAUUGGCUGAAGGAGAGAGAUGAAUUGGUAGAACGAGAAUCAUAUGCGCGUUCGGAAUUCGAGGAGGCAAAGCAAGCUAUGCACAAUUGGGAAAUUCUCGCUAUGGAGGAGCGAUCCAUUCGAGAAAGUCUGGAAGAGAAAGUGACAGACCUGGAGGAGCAGCUUGUCACCUUGAAAAGCGACUAUGAGAAAGCCUCUUCCGAACGCGAUGCACAAUCAGUGACGGUGGACGGGCUUCAGAGGGCGCUUCAAGAUAUCCAAUCCGCCCGAAAACAGGAGUUACGAGAGAUAGUAGAAAGCUCAGAUGCACAGCUGGAAGAGCACCGGAAGAAGCUUCAAGAGGCUGAGAAGAAUGCCACAGAAGCCAUUGCCAAACUAGAAGAGGCAGAGGCGGAGUUGAAACGAGUUCUGCCAUUUGAAAAAGAAGUCAAGGAGAAGAAUCUGCUUAUUGGCAAGCUACGUCAUGAAGCAGUGACACUGAAUGAGCAUCUUACCAAAGCUCUAAGGUUCCUGAAGAAGGGAAAACCAGAAGAUAAUGUAGAUAGAAUAAUCAGACACCUCGUCACCAACCAUUUCCUCCAUUUCCUAGCGCUGGAUCGAUCAGACCCGAAGAAAUUCCAAGUCCUGCAGCUCAUAGCAGCGUUACUAGGAUGGACAGAUGAACAACGAGAGCAAGCUGGUCUUGCCCGCCCAGGAACCUCAAGCGGAUUUGGCGGUAGUCUGCGCAUUCCCAGCACUUCAUCCCUCCUAUCGAGGACACCAAGCUCGCCGUCCCUUGCGUCCGAGUUUUUGAUGGACAAUGGCCGCCAAUUCUAUUCAUGUGUCAAGCGAAUGUGA